AAUGAGUGUUACCAAGCAAAAGCACCCUCGAGUAUUUGGGGUAUUAAAUAAUUAAUAAAUGUUGCUAAUAAAAUUAAUGAUCACAUACUAAUCGAUACGAAUUACCAUGUACAGGAUAUUGCUUGUAUAACCUAUUUCUCACACAAAUAAAUAUUAUUCAUUUGGAUUCAUUUAGCAAUUGGCCGGAAGAUAAAAAAUGCGACCCAUUUCACCUAAUUGUCCGGUAUUUGUCAUAAAUCCUAGAACAUCGAACAAGCUGCUUUAACUCGUUUGUAUAAAAAAAACACCUGGCCUUAACGUUAUUGUUGUAGGCACGACUAUUUCGGCAACUAAUAUCACCCAUAAUAUUGAUUGCAAACGAUUGUCGCGGGUGCUCUGGGCAUUGAUUUUAUUACCCUUUUUCCAGUACCAUUGACAGGGCUAUAGUUUUACACUCGAUUGAGUCCACAUUGAGAGAGUGGUACGUGUUGGUGGGGCCAUGGUUAAGCCAGGUUAAUGGGUGGAAUGUAAGAAAAAGAUGGCCCAAUCAAAUAUAUGUAUCUCAACGCACUUACAAACUUCCUCCCCGGAAACGGAUGGGUGCCGUUUGGUGGGAUGUUUGCCUAGAGGGCACGUACCGAGCACGAUCGGGGAGGGGGUGGCGGCGGGAUGCAAAAUUUUCCUGCAAUUGGCUCAACAUUCGUGCCAUGCCGGGCGAGUACCAUGGGUUUCCCGGUAUCGUUUUGCACGGGGGUCGCAUUUGUUGUCCUUGGAACACGUAUCGCCACUAAACAUUCACGACACUUGACCCACCAACUUUGGCCGAAGGACAUCCGGUGUACGCUUGCGAGUAGUGCGCGGUGGGUUACGAAAAAAAGGGAAGGGAACAGAAGCUGGCAGGGCAGAAAAGGCUUCACUGGGUUGGUCCAAUGUUAGUUGUUCACCUGAACACCGGCAAAAAAAGGCAUCCAAGUUCGUGUGUAUCGUCGUGUGCAAUGGGCAACGUAUCCUUUUACAAAAACCCAUCCACCCAUACAAGAGCUUUCCAUUUCAUGUUAUAUACGGACACACAUGCACAGGCAGAAGCACUUUUACAGCAACAAACAAACGCACACACACACACGCGCAGAAACGGUGAAAAUCCGAGAGAUAACGACGCGGGAUGGCACAAACCACGAUGAUAAUGAUGAUGUCGAAUGGCAUUGGAAUGGAUCGGUGCUGUUGCAUGCUGCGUGGGAAGGAAAGUGUUGUGUGGCGUGUGGAGAAAGGGGGAUGGGUGAAUGGAGCGUGCUUUACCCCUCCUUCCCCCUCUCACUCGCUUUCAGGCCCGAGGUGGUUGCCCGUGGUAACCGAGCAUGUUCGAGUUUCGUGCUCAGCUUCGGGCUUUUCCACGAUGGAAGCUCAUCGGGCGCUCCGAUCAAUAUAAGCACCAUUCUGGGAUAUUGCGGGUGAGUGGCAUCUUCGAGCCUAGAGCACUCAGUGGUCGGCCAUACUCGCACAAAAAAAAGGGCCGGGACUUCGAAAUGUCCUCGGAAAUGAUAACACCCGUAGGUCGGAUGGAAGGAUGGACGAAGGCACAAACAAGGGACGGGGGGACUCUUGAAAAUGAGAUGAUCGGUACGGUUUAGGCCGUAGUGAAAAUCGGGAGCAAGGACUCGGACAGCUUCAACUGAGCGUUUUAUUUUGCUUUUUCUUCUUUCUUUUCGCCCUGCCUGCUUGCCACCUGCUGCCAAACUACUUCUUUCCAUUCGCUUCCGGGUUUUUGUUGAAGAGGGUGAAAAUUAAGUCCGUCGAUGGAGCGUAUCGUAUAGCAGCGGAAAGCUGAACUGGCUCACACCCCCGGCCAAUCUGGGGAAGCACAAAAGGAUCGGGGAUAUUACACCAGGAAUGGAGGGCUCAUGCCUCAACAAAAAAAAUACAUGCACACGUACAAAAACACACACACACACACAUGCAUAACUAUAAAGACAAAAGAGGCGAAGAAAAGGCAAAUGGCAAUUGUUUCAGUAAAGUUGUGUCCGUUGCUAGGGCUUGAGUUUAGUGCGAGCGAACGGCGUAAUGGGAAGCUAUGGUUCGGAUGUCCUUUUUCUCUAACUUCUACGAUUGGGGGGAGGGUGAAGUUUUUGAGCAUAGCAUUGGAAGAACAGAUACGAUGGGAGAAAAGGUGCCAGAUGACGCACAGCAUCACAUUUGAACGACGGUUGGACGGUGUCUGUUUUCGGUAGCAACGUUGUCGACGUUCGCCAACCAUGCCACCAUUUUCGGACACCCUUUUCCCGUGCCGCAACGAACUUUUUCUUGUGCUUAUUUGAUUUUUCUUGCCGUUUUUUGUUGUUGUUGCUCUCUGAUGCUCUGGUGGUGAUGUUGUUGCUUUUUUUCUCUCUGUUUCUCUCUCUCUUUCUUCUGCUUACUUCUUUUCAUUCACCUCAAGUGGCACGCGUUUGAAGUAGAUUCACCACUUGGUUGGUUUGUGGUAGUGUGGGGAUGUUGGUGUAGCAAUCGCUUUCCUUCGCCCAUCUCCACAUGCCUUUUUUGGCCGGAUAAAGUUCUUCACCUGCCCGUUCCGGCUUGGUUGGUCACGGUCUCGGUUAAAAGUUAGUGGUAAAAGCCACCAUGGUCCUGAGGGCUGAAAGAAAAAGAAGAAGGAAAAAAACAAUUCCUUACUUCCCGAUCCCCCUCCCCCUCCCGAAAGGGAAGGCAUUCAUUCGAGCUGCACGGCUCAUAAUUACGGUUACGGAUUUUGUGGAGAGGUAAGCUUGUGGAGCAACCGGCUCGAAUUGCUCCCGGAAGCACCACCAGGACCCUGGGUGGAGCUUUGUGCAGUGGGUGGAAAACUUCACUUCCCGCUCAUUUAAUGGUGGCGGGUUAGCCGGUACAGAAUUUAAUACCACCGAACCGUAGCGGAAGUGCCGGGAAAAUGUGUGACCGACCCAUCGAGCCGUAGUUCUCAAGAGGGGGGAUUGUGCUGGGCCGUACGUACUGCAUCACACAACCAUACAGCCGAAAAUGCGUACCUAGCGCGUUUUUGGGUAUGUAUGUUUUGUAUUAUAAUUCCCCGAACGGUUCUCUCAGAAAUGAAAUUGAGGCAUCCGAAAAAGGGACAGAAUAAAUGUCACUGUCGACAGUGGCCAUCCGACAGAAAGGUAGUCCCGAAGCUCGUUUAAUUAGCUCAGUCCCUCAUCAAGGUUGGGGGACACUGUGGUUUUCGAUGCAAUAUUCCGUAACUGGUACAACUCGUCCGUUUGGCCUUUCGGUUUUCUCAUUUGGAAGCGUAACCGCAAUCACGGCAUUUGCCUUUGGCUAGUGUGAAUGUAAUGAGCGUAUGUGAACCCCAGAGCAUUUAUCAGCUGUGACAGAACUCUGGCUUCGCCACGGCACAUCCCAUAUCAUUUUCGAGAAGCUCAUUUACUUAUUGUCAAACGAGUACGUGCGGGGUAGCCACACUUGGAGGAGAACGACUGGGAAGAAGAAAAAUAAAUCACACAAGACGAAUAUUCCUUACAUCCUCUGGUUAGUCUUGAAUGGCUGUUCUCUUCACUCAUGCUAUCCAGUUCUCACCAGCAAACGUUCAAGGAUUCACGUGAGGGUACUCACGAUGCUGGAUGCUGGAUGCAUGUAAUAUUCCCGGCAUCUGCCCGGCACAUCAUCACAUGCUCACACCCACCAGAACUCAACGCCAAACUUCCAGUGAGUUUAUCCCUUGCGUUGCAUGCGAUGAUGUAGUGCGAUCGCACGCCCUUGGAACUCAGCAAGCCGGAUCAUCACUGGAACCCAUUUCCCCAUCGUUCGAAAUCAAACGAAUCUGGCCGAAGCCGUCCAGUUUCUAGGGUUACGUGAGCGCUAGCCGAACAGCACAAGACGAUACCGCCGUGUCCGGGUAUUCCGAGUGCGCUCCUUCGACAGUUAGUCGAUUUUCGUCGGCCGAGCUGUGAACAGUGGCAGCCACCAUUUGCUCGUUUUUACAGCUUGCCAGCGCGUGCGUGAGUGUGGCAUCAAUAUUUAGCGCGUUGUUUGUGCUUCGAAACGAGUGAUUAGUGAUUGACUGUGGUGACUAGUUCACAUUUCCUGAUGAGUUUGUAGUGCGUAUACUAUUCAGGUGACCCGAUCGAAUGUCGAACUGAUAGACACUUGGCCGAUGGUGUCGUUUAGUGCCACUGGUCCCGUACUUGCCGUUUUGUUUCUCUUCAUUGGUGGACAAUCACGCUACUGUUUAUGAUGCGCUCCGCAUGCAAUCUACUUACGACGUGUGCUUGUACCGGCGUCCCACCGAUCGUUUGUGGCCAGCUUAAGAAGCAAGGUGUAGCUACGAUCUCGAUGCUGUCGCGCACUGCAUACUGACGGAUCAGUUGUCGUGCUGGUGGGUGCAUUUACGCAUCGAAGAUCAUGAUCUGAGACCGCGCCGGUUCCUGGAUCGGUAUAGUUAAGUGUUUACCUGUGCGUGUGCGUGUGUGUGUUCGAGCGCGCGUGCGUGCGUGUGUGUGUGUGAGUGGGUCCCUCUUCCCCGCCGCGAACCUCCCACACUCUAGCGCCGAGCAGCUGGUAUCGGGCGGCGUUUAGUGGUCAGGCCGGGUCAGAGGUUUCUAGCAGCCAAAAUUUCCCAAAACAGCUAGUUGAAUGAGUAACAGUGCGAUGGUGGCCGUGGCGAUCUGCUGUAUAUUGGUGCUGCUAGCCGUGUUUAUCGUGCUGAUCAUAGUGGUCGGUUCGACGAUGGGCGAACCGAAGUGAGAUAAGCUCCAACUGGGGCCAGGUCACUUCGCCGAUGGAUAGCCAAGGCCCCCCGGCUGUUAGAAUUUGGACGGAUUUUGUUCCACGGGUGCUGCCGCUAGUGUUGCCGUUGCCGACAGAGAUGGCCACGGUUGCACGGGUAGCGGCCGCGACGAGUGUGCUCACCAUCUCCACCACCACUACCACCACCACCAGCACCACCAUCAAUACCAACGCCAGCAGCACCUAUCCCACCCGUACUGUGUGUGGCGCACGGGUCAGUGGCUUCCGUGGCCAGUAGCCGUAGUAGGAGCGUGUAUUAUGGAAGCGUGUGUCCACCAGCAUUAACAUCCCGAGCGUUACGCCGUCGAGACGGUAGAACCAAUGGCGUAACGGUCGGUAACCGCGUGCAGCCCGCGCAACGCAACGGUAGAGAAAGCGCGAUCCCACAAGCAUAACCCAGUUCGACCAGAUCCCGUGUGAAGCGAACAGACAGAGCAGGAUGGUGGAAUGUGUUUGCAAAACAGUGAAACGAAUCUUCCUCACGCAACCAAGCAGUUGCACUUGAUGCUGAUCAGCGGAACAGCACACCGUUCUGGGAAGCUACCGGAUAAAACGCGUGUGACUUCAGGAAUUUUGCAUCAUCCGAGUGUAUUUUUUUUUUGGCAUAAUGGCACAAUGAUCAAUACCGGACCUUCAAACGGUGACUCACGUCAGAAAUUCUGUCCCUCACACAGCUUUCUUGCAUUUGGUGAAGGGAAACCAGCAUAGAAGUUGAAACACGACUUUUCCACACUUGAUCUUCCCCCUUCUGACUCUCUGUCUCUCUGUCUCUGUUCCGACACGCUUCUUCCAACACUGCGUAGCUCACCAACCAGUAGAGUGAAACAGCAAAUACACCCAUGUACGCUUGUUGCACCGAUUGCACCGCUCUCGAUAAACAAAAAAAAACGGGCACACACUUUGUUCAUACAGCGUCCAACACGUCAACAAACAAAAAAAAAAGAAAACACACGACACACGAGCAUGGAAUGAAAUCUUACACACCAAUUCUACACAGCCGUCUAAGAGGGGGCACCAACCGAAUAAAAAGAAAAUAGAAAAUGAGUUAAAAAAAACAAACAAAAAAAGAAAAGGCUAGUCAAAAACAACAAAACAAAACAACUGCAAAUAUCUUCAAAGAAAAGAAGAUGAAGCAAGUGGCAAACUAAAACAUAUUUGCCGGGCGAAAAAAGCGGCUUUCGCCACAAUGUGAGAGUAGAGAAAACGAAAAAAAACAACCAAACAAAGCGUACACAUAAAACACAGCUAUCUAGUGCAGAGCAGAAACAAGCAGAAACACUUAAUGCUACUUUAAACUUACUUCUAACUACUAAAGAGACUUAGCGAUACUUUGUUUUGCAUGAUUCUUGUGCACGUGAGCGCUUGUUUGGAUGGAGAAUUAGAUUGAAAGCACCAAACGGGGUAAGAGAGCAAAAAGAGAGAGAUAUAGAGAGUGAAAAUCUACCUAUAAAGAAAAAAACAGAAAAUUAAAACCAAAAAAAAUAAUAAUAAAAGAAAAAUGUAUAACAAUGCUCGAGAAAAGCCGUUACGUGUACGAUUGGAUGUAUGGAACUGCAAAGAAUCUGCAACAGACACACACAUACACACACUAACACAUUUACUUAGCGUUUUAAGUAGAGCCAUCCGGUAGCUUCCAGAAAGUAAACAGUAAACGAAACACUAAGUGAAGUUGUAUGAAAUGAUAACAAACUUAAAUGCAAAAUAAAAUAAACAAAACGAAACAAAACAGCAAAGAAAAAAAAAAAACAAAAAAAGCAAAGGAAAUCCUAACGAAACAUUAUAAUUUAGAGCCGGAACCCUUAAUGUAACCAUGGCGAAAGGUGUUCAUUCGAGCUCACAAAAGUUUUACAAACUAGUUUUUCAUUUCAAGCCAAAAUGCUCCCGGCAUCGUGGAAAAACCACAGAAGGUUCCACGAAAGGCGCAGGACUAGCGAACACAUAUCGUUAAUAGCAAGAACGUAUAAUGAGGUUGAAUUAAUAAACGAGUAUAAACAGUGUUACAGCAAGGAAUAAAUAAAUAAGCAAAUCUUGUAUAUGUACGGAAGAAUGGCACAAACUGGUAGCAAAAAGAGCAACAAUAUGACAACCAAAAAUGCUACACAAAAUGCUUCUCAAAAGAAGGACAUGGAACUGCAAUUUUCCCCGAAAUGAAAACGAACAAAAAAAAACUGUUGCAACACUAAACAGGAGCAAGAUCAGCGCGUUAACGUGAAGGUUGGAAUGCACUCGAAUCGAUCCUUGUCGGUCAGGUGGAGUGUGCGAAAUAAGAAACCGCUGCUUUUCAGUCAGUGUUUCUUCUUGUGUGUAUCCAUUCUAAGAUAGCGAGCUGAAAUUCAUUCCGUUAUGUCCGGGCGUGUAGGCUAGGGUGUUUGUUAAAGUUUGUGGUUUUUUGAUAAAAAAAGAAAAGAAAAUUCUUUGGCCAUUCUUCCCUCGCCCCCGCCCCCCUCCUCCCCAAAAAAGGAAAACAAAAACCCGCCGAAGGCAAAGUACACACAAGGUCGUGUAAUGCGUAUGAAGGACUUAAAAAUUGCAAAUUGGUCCGUUUUAUUUCCUAAACUUCGGUAUGCUAGCGACUGUAAGAGCGAGCGUGCCAAACAAACAAAAAAAACCAGUGAACAAAAAACAAACAAAAAGCAAAACUCAAGAAAAGAAUGAAAUAAAUAAGAAAUAGGAAAUAAAAAACGAAAGCGCAACAUGCAAAACCGGAAGGAAAAACGGAACGUAUGGGGCGUGUAUGUGUGUGUAGUGGGGUUGAUAAAUCACUAGUCGUGGGUAGUGAUAGUGUUAGCUGUAGUAGUUAUCCAUUACUUCCAUGUUGUUGUUGGCCAGUUUACCGUUGUUUAAUGUGCGCAACAGAAUGUAGUUAACAGAACAGCCUUGUUUACCAUCGUAACGCAUCGAAUGCUAACAUUUGAGAGAAGAAAAAAAAGAUAGAAAGGAAAGGGAGAAGAGAAGAAAGGGAGAGAGUAAGCAAAAAAAAAGAAACACAGAGAAAGAGACUCAAAUACAAGGAAUUGUAGACAAAAAAGCAUUAGUUGUUUAUCAAAUCUUCGAUGUUUUAUUUUUUGAACCCAUAAAUAAAAUACAAAAACAAACUUGAAAAAAAAGAAAAAGAAUAACAACAUCAAAAACAGAAUGACACAGUGAACAUACAAACAGAGUAUAUGAAAUCCAAACAAACAAACAAAAAACACGCAUGAAAGGCAUUGGUAAAAUAAACUGAAACAACUGUGACAAUAAUCCGUUUCGAGCAGAAAAUCAACCACUCACCUCGUCCUAUCGUGAGCGUGAAAUACGGUUCAUUUUAUCCGCAAAUUUAUGCUUCAACAAAUCGGCGGCAGGACAUAUGGCAGCACAUUGAUUGUGAAGUGAUUGUUUUACUCCCACCCGGGUCUAUCGAUUCAGCAGACCCGAAGGGAGUUCCGGGCAUAUCGAAAUAAUAGGAACACUCAUACAUCCACACCCAACCGGACAAACACAGGCAUUUGUGGCUUGGUAAAAUAAAUUAACUUCUCAAAGAUUACGCCCCACCAGUGGCCAUUUCGCAAAACCAGUGCAUUAAUUAUCAAUCAAUGGCGCUCGUUCGUGCGCUGGUUGGAUCUCCCUGCUGGGCUAAAAUUAACCUGCUGGUCGAGAGGUUGCAACGAUAGCAGUCUCACAAAAAAAAGAAAGCAAAACCGGGUGACAUUCGUUUGUCCACUCGAUCUCGAAACCUUCGAGAGCCUUUUAUUCGGGUCAAGUGGCACAAGAAUGUGCUCUCGCUUCUCUUCCGGAGGUGGAAAGGUAUCUCAAUUCGGUACAGUUGACCCAGUUCUUUCGUUACAACGUUGGUGGUCGAACCUUUUUUUGCCUAGGGAAGUGAAACAAUUGCAUCGCAAGGGGGUAAGAAUUGAGAAAAAAUAAAAUCCCGAGCUCCAGGAACGGUGUAAUUAGAUCAAAGUGAGGUUGUCAAUUACGAACUGGUUUGGUUCUUGGUGGUUGGACAGAUGUGACAGAUUUCUUUUUUCUUUUGUAAGGUCUAUGAUUCUGGGUGAUAUGAUUUUACAGUGAAAUUCAAUAGAAAGCAGCAACGACAAAGAACAAACAGGAAAACUAUGUCCAAGGUUAUGAAUUUUCUUAAAGUCUAGAGUGUGAUUGGAAGUGAUUGGUGAGCGCGUUGGAUGCCAUUUAGCGACAGUGGUUGGCAUUAAAAAAGUUUCUCAAUGUUAGCCAUAACACAGUUCUUAGUCUACAGUCCAAACAAACGAAAUCUGGGAAGUGAAGGGUCGAAAUUUUCGCAUCAAAUGUGAAGAUUGUUUCGAUAAGUUCUAUCAGGAAAUAUGCUGACGAAGGCUACAUUUCUCAACUUGCUUCUAACUUCUUUUGAGGAUCAAAACAAAAAGGGAGGUUUGUUCUUUUUCGAUUCGUAUUCGAUUCAGACGUAUAUUGAAGCACAUGCCGGGCAAAACAUUUCAGCCUAGAUCCUGAAGUGUAUUAUGUCACACAGAUGGCGUUCAAUAUCCACAAGAGUUCGUUCGAAAUAAGUGAUUCAACUUUCGACUUUGUCUUAGGAAAGUUGUUGAUAAAAACGAAUAAAAUAUUGAGUAAAGUUGUUUUAAACGACUUUUCUUGUAAAAUCCCCAAAAACUUGAUAUUAUUACUAGUUGUGAGUCAUUAUGAGUGGAAUUUAUAUUUUUAACACAAAUUGUCCCAUUUUGUUCUUUACGCGCAUUAAAUUUUCUUAAAAGUUGUGAAGUAAUCAAUUUUUUGUAUUAAUUUAAAUUUCUGUUAAGAUACAACUUUAAAGAUAUCGAAUAGCUGAGUGAUUUGUCUGCUUGAAAGAUAUUUUUUAAAUUAUUCUGUUCUUACCUUCUUCAAAAUAUCUUAAUAGUUUAGUAAUAAUUUCCUACAUUCUAAAAUGAAAACAAUUUUCCAAGUAAACAACUUUUAUCAACAAUCAAAAUUGGCAAAAAAGUAAUAAUAUCCAAAAAUAGGACUUGCACUAAAUGCAGGAGAAACUAAAAAUGAAGGGAAAAAGUACCACCCAACCUCCAGUGUAUCGCCUUACGCCCUUUUUAAGCAGUAUCUUUAAUUGAAACCCGAGAUGAACUGUUCACCAUUCAUGAGGAAUUUAACAACCAUCCCUUCGGCACACAAUGCAACCAGAUUCCCGUGCAAAACACCCUGCGCCGUUCUUCCCACCAUCGAUCCAUGUUCGAUGCUGCAAAACGAACGAUUCGUUCAUUUCCGUUCUUUUUUCAUUCGUAUAACGUUUAAGGGAAGAAGAUGGAGAAAAAAAAUGGUAGUAGUAAAACUCGUUGCAAAGUUGGAUGCGUUCGAUGCAUUCUAUGUGAACAUCGACACGCGAGUGCCCGUGAAAGUUCGAUCAAAUUAAAAACCACUAUCGAUUCGUGGAAGCGGGAUGGUUUACUUUCGAACAAAAUUUUACAGCAGAGCGAGAGAGAGAAUGAGGAGGAAAAAGUGGAAAAGCCAGUAAGGGGUGGCACCGACUAGUGUGUGCCAUGUUCGACUGAGGUGCCACGGUAAAACGGGAUCCUCUUGCUGAGCUGCCGAUGAUGAUAAAACCUAACUUCCUUUUCGCUUUGGCGUUAUCGAAUCCGUCACCCGGUGCACGUUGCGCACGUUGCAAAACCGUGUGCGAUGGCACGUGAAUCUAGGUGAAGGAUAUGCUGGUUAGUGCUGGUGCCAUUGCUUCGGCACCAUCGCAUUAAUGACGUCUCUAUAAUCUUGUGACUGGAUACGGGAUGAACGAAAAACCGUGGGAAGCCGUUUAUGGUGAAGAUAGGCUUACAGUUUUGGUCUCAGUUCUAUUCCCAACUUCCAUGGUUUUCUUUAGAAUUUCCCCUUUUGGAUAGUAGAGACAGCCCGUAACCUGUCACGCUUUUCCCCUGCUGGUACUUCCGCUUAUCUUAAUCCCACCAUUUUUUCUUCUUCUUAGAUGUCACCCGAAUGCUUUCAAGUUCACCAUCUCCCUUUCGACUGAGAAGCGUGCUUAAUGGAAAUGCACUUCUGGGCUGCUGGUGUUAUUGUUUUGAUGCUUCACUGUCAGCGAGUGAUCACGCGCACUUGAUACGCCUUUACGUUAGCCUUUUCGCAAUUUGCUUCGGCAUCUUCAAUGCUUUACUGCCGACGACUAUACACCCCCCUUUUCGCCAUCUAGUCUAUUGUUUGCCGCCCUGUCUUUCAACUUGUGUUGGGGGGAGGCAUUUGUCUUCAUCCGUCGGUGUUUUUUGCAUUCUUUCGCUAGCAGAGAGCCACGAAGCAAUGCUUAAAGUUAGCCACCAAAACAAGCGCCUAAGGUAUGGCCGAUGCAUGUACAUAAAGGUUGUUUAUUUCCCUCAAGCCCUUUUUCCGGUAUCUUAUUAGCGGAUGGGUGGCUCCGUGAAGAGAAUAGGCACGACGAUGCAUACACUUCCGGCGAGCGCGCGUAUGUGUGCGCACGGUCGUUGCGCUUUUGUUGCGAACCACUUCAGCUGUCAAAGCGAUUGUGUGACGGUGCGCGCUUCAGCGAUGGAUGUAGCGAAAGGCUCCCGGAUGCCUUCCCCGAGCAUGGUUUGAUGUGCUCAAGGUUAGCCGUGCAGCCACUUUGUGCAAAAGAGCACAAGCAAGAGGCGGUCCACACUUUACGGUAGAGUGAUGCUGCACAAUGUGUUUAAUUAUGUGUGCAUCGGCACUGCACUUGGUGUAUUUAAUCAUACGCGACCGGGAAGGGGGGUGGCUUUUUUUCGUUCUUGUCGUUGUUUUACUAGCGAUCGUUGUUUCACUUUGCUGUAUGUGUUCGUGGGUGUGCGCGUGUUUGUGUAUUCAGUUUUAUCACGCUUUGUUGCAAAAGGACACGAAAGGAUUUUAUGGCUGCAAUGUAAGGUAUAUAAGCUAUGCAUCUGGAUGCAAAUGCUUUCUGCUGUCACAUCUUUUCGUGCAUCGGGUGGGUUUUUUUUGCUCAUCAAAAUAUAACCGAACAGGUUCUAUUCUAUUGACUUUUCUCUCUAAUAGCCUUGGGUGGAAUGCCUUUGGUUUUUGGGGGUGUAUUCCACAGGAAACGAUCAAAUCUGCUACCAUCUGCUACAUACAGACCGUGGCAACAUUGAUGUGCACCACAUGAUGCAAAAUGGAAGUAAGAUUUUUUAUUUGUUCUGAGAUGUACCAGUUUUGUUGCAUCUACUUAGUCUGAAGCUGAGCGCCUGGUACCAAUACCAUCAGAACACUAAUUACCUCGAUUGGUACCAUUGGUUGUUUGCAUAUUACUUUCUACCAUUUCGAUUACUGUUUGCAUGCAAACCAGGGCGCACCCUCGUUUGUGCAGGGUUUUGCUAGUUCGAUGAAUACAUUUUAUGUAAAGUGUAAAGUGUGUCAAAAUUUAUAGGAAUUGAAUGAGGAAAUAAAUGUGCUGCUCGUGUUGAUCAUUGUUACUAGUGUGUUCCAUUUGAGAGGAAGGGAAAUAUAGGGCCAGAUAGAAAGAACGGAACAGGUAAUGUUAUUUGCGACGUGUAUGUGUUAAUGUACAGCGAUUUGUUUCGUUAACAAAAGCAAAAAAAAAUACAACAAAAUACAUCAAACCCUGCAGAAUGAAUCAAAUCGGACCGAAUGGCACAAAACAAAUCGCAACACCUGUAACAACCGUUAUCAAUAGGAUGCAAUAGAAGUAUAUCAUGUUGAAACCGUAUUUACACUGAUUAAAAUCCACCAUAGGAAAUGCAUAUGCCAGGCAAACAAACAAACAAAAAAAAUGGGGGGAAAUAGCGUUACAAAUGUAAUCUACACGUGAAUGUUUUUAAAUGGAUAACAGUUGCAUGUAUCAUUGUCUCAAGGAUUUAGUACCGAGCGAAUUCGAUGUUUACCUGUAACAGACACCUCUGCCCAAACAGAAAACAAACAAAACAAACAAAAAAACAGAGAAGAUGAAUGUGGGAAGGGAAAUGGUCGUAACAGGAGCAUAAAACACACAGAAACACUUUUACACCGUACACGAAUACGUAGCUAAUACCAAACCAUCUGUGUAAGUAGUGUAAGUUAACCUUGGAUACCUGUUUGCUCAACCCACAGCGCACACACAUACUUAAACACGCACAAACACACAGAAACACACACACCCCCACACAGACAGAUAUACGAGACAGGUUCCGAUGUGUGCGUUACGCGAUCGGAAAUCGGAAGCAGUGAAGCUGCAUUGUCAGAAACUUUAAUGUCCUGUCCCAUGGGGAUGGCGAUGGCGCUCAUAGUUGCGCAUGGGGGAGAAUAUUAAAAAAAAAACAAACAAAAAAUAAAACUGGAUGAUGCUCGAUGCGUUCCGAUUGGUGCAAAUGAAGAUUAAUAAAAGAAAAGUUAAACAGUACUGGUUAAA